UUUCCUACCUCAGUCUCAGUGGGUGGGCAAAGCUUUUCCUUUGCUAUAGAAACCAAAUGAUGAACUAAAUGAAACCUGUGCAGAAAAAGUGAUUGAAAGAAGACAGUAAUUAUCAAAUAUUUAAAUAAAUCAUGCAAGUCAAUGAAAAUUGAUUGAAAUAAAGAGCUUUGAGUAAUAGCAUGGAGAAUUUUCUUGGUGACAUUGCAGAUGGUCAUCUUUGUUGGGAAGGAAGUAUAUACAUUCAAAAGGAUAACUUAGCAUGUUGAAAACCCUAGGCAUGCAAAACUGUUGCUUGCUUGCAAAAGGAGAGUGCAGGGACAACUGGCAGUGAGAGUGACACGGGUGAUUAUGGAGACGGAGAGUUUGAACCCACAGCGGAAAUGCUCGUCGAUGAUUACGAUGACGAGCGAACGUUAGAUGAGGAAGAGGAUAUGGAGGAAGGCCCCGACCGGGAAGAGGAGAUUGACAACCUAGAAAAGGAACAAGACAUGCCUAUUGCUGAGUUAUUAGCCAUGUACGGCGGCUACCCACCAGAGGAGGGAGAGGGGGAGGCGGAGGACCAGGCCAAUGGUGAGGGAGAAGCAAACCAAGGGGAAAAUGAGAAUGAGAACAGCAAUGAGGCUGUAAUAGAAAAUGAGGGUGAAGGUGAAAAUGAGGUUGAGGAACAAGAAGAGCCAGAGGUUAUAUCUUCAAGAUCUUCUACCUCAGAAGAAAAUGUAAAUAAUCACGAAAAGGAAAUAAAACCAGAAGUAAAACCUGAAAGGAAAAGAAGAGAAAAGCCUUCAGAAUUAGCCCAGCUCUAUACAGAUAUGGAUACCAAUGGUGAUACUCAAACGUCAACCUCGUCCCGAUCACUCAGAUGUCACAAGCCUCUAGGAAUUUUAUCUACUGGAAGCUCUAGACAACAAAGUGAAGAUGAAGAGGAAGAAGAAGGUGAAUAUUCAGGUGAAGAAGAAGAUUGGCAUAAAACCAUUAUGAUUGGUUCAUCUUACCAAGCGCAAGUUCCGGAAGGCUUGCAAGCUUAUGGUGCAACCCCACCAUAUGAAAAUGAAGACAAACUUUUAUGGGAACCUGGGAAAUUAAGUCCAAAGCAGGUUGAGGAAUACCUACGAGCCCUUAGUCAUCCCCCACCAGGCUCACAAGGUGUUGCAGCCAUUCCCCUUGGAAAGCACGUUCGGGAUGAUGAACAAGCUUUAUAUUUGCUGCUCCAAUGUGGAUAUAAUGUAGAUGAAGCUUUACGAAGGCAUCGCAUGAAUCCUACCCCACUGGCCUCAACGAUGACUCUGUGGUCUGAGGAAGAGUGUAGAAAUUUUGAAAAUGGCUUGAAAACUUAUGGAAAAGAUUUUCAUCUUAUCCAACAAAAUAAAGUUAGAACGAGAUCAGUGGGUGAAUUAGUACAGUUUUAUUAUCUCUGGAAGAAAACUGAACGACACGAUCUCUUCGCAACUAAAACAAGAAUUGAAAAGAAGAAGUACAUCGUUCAUCCUGGCACUACUGACUACAUGGACCGGUUCCUAGAUGAGGGAGAGGGAGUCGGAGGUCCAUCAUCCUGGCGUGACAAUCGCUCUUCCUCACCAAGUCUCCAUGCGUUACUGUAUGGGCGGCCACCUCCGGGAAAUAGUGCAGGAGGUGCCGGAGGUGUGGUGGAAAGGUCAUCCACACCAACGUCCGUUGCUCAACCUGCCCAGCCAACUCCUGCCGCAGAAAGCACUGGAAACAGUGUCAACAGAGACAGUGAGGCACAUGUUACUUAUACAGGACUAAAUCAAAUGGAAGACUUAGCCCGCCAUUUAGAUGCUGAUUCUAUUGAGUCCUUGGCUAAGAUGACGACCUCUACAAACACUUCUGUGUCGAUAGCCAGGACUGGAAAAAGAAACAGUAGUCCUCAUCCUGUGGAUGUAGAUAUUUCUAUAUCACGUUCCUCAGUACUAAGUCCCCAGACAGUUGGUGUAGAAACCAAAAGUGUAGCCAUGGCUGAAACUGUGGCACAGUGAAAUACUCUUAUUUGCCUUUUCUAAUGUGUGUGAGAAGUGUUGAGGUUGUGAAAAGUGCAAAUGUUGGUUACUGGGGGAUGCUGACCACGUAACCAAGAGGACUACAAAUUUGCCUUCUAUAUCUAAUUAUCAAUAGACACUUGCUUGGAAGUUCUGUGAAUUUCUUAAAGCGCGCUAAGAAGUUCUGUGAAUUUCGAAUAGCAUGUGUGACACUUUGGAUUCCUGUGAACUAAGCUAAGGAGUGUGAGAACCCUUGAACCAUCGUGUCAAAUAUUAUUGGUAUUUGUUAAGAAAAUGAGUGUUAUAUAUAUACAAGGAAAAAUACGAACUGUGAUUUACACAGAUAAAUUAUCUAAAUAUUUAAGUAAAUGAUAAUGCAGUGACACAUACCCUAGACACUUAUGGUGAUAUUAUUAUGAGGAAUGUGAAUUGCAAAGAAAUAUAUAUUAAGUGACAAGAUUUAAGUAUUUUAGUAUUUUAUUUGAAAUUGUGGCUCCCAGUUUGUUGGGUAAUUAGGUAAUCAAGAAAGAUAAGACUGCUUAUUUUUUUUAUUUAUUAAUUACUAUUAUUAUUAUUAUUAUUAUUAUUAUUAUUAUUAUUAUUAUUAUUAUUAUUAUUAUUAUUAUUAUAUAUUUAUUUAUUUAUUUAUAUUUUUUUCAUGAGUACAUUCAUGGCCUGUGAGACAGUGGUACACCUUGGCCUUACUUUUCAUCUUAUACUAUCACUUGAUAAAGUACACCUUGAUUGUCAGAUUUUAUUCCUUAGUCUUAAAGAAAAUAACUCAUCUUUAUGUUCACUCACAUUCUGAAGGACAUGGAUAUGUAAUGAGUGCACAGUUUCCCUCUGCAGGACAUGAGAGCACAAGAUAGGUACUGUUGUUCCUGUACUUUUGUGUCACUUGAAGAUUCAUAUCCAUGAACCAAAUAAUGCCAAUGCUGUGCUCAUUUCUCUCUCUCUCUCUCUCUCUCUCUCUCUCUCUCUCUCUCUCUCUCUCUCUCUCUCUCUCUCUCUCUCUCUCUCUCUCUCUCUCUCUCUCUCUCUCUCUCUCUCUCUCUCUCUCUCUCUCUCUCUCUCUCUCUCUCUCUCUCUCUCUCUCUCUCUCUCUCUCUCUCUCUCUCUCUCUCUCUGAAGUUAUAGUAAGUAUUAUUACUUCAGAUUUACAGUCAGGAAAUUUGCAAAUAUUAAGAAAAUUUAGCAUAAGUAAUUGAAACACUUGAGCUACCUAGAGUAGUAUCACAACAUUUAUUAGCACUCAUUGCAAAAGAAAGCACUGUGUAUCCACUUGUCUAUAUUUCUGACACUAUACCUUCCAGAAACUCCCUCCAUUGGGAUGGCUAUGACAAAAGUCCACAGCUCUGCCAUUCUGGACAAUACAAGUUUUGAUUGUUGUUCUCUUUCUUUGUGUAUUUUUUAAAUUUUAUUUAUUAUGUCACUCACAUCCUUAGAGUUUGGUGCAAUAAAUCUUGGAAUGAAGUGGUCAAGUGGGACCUUAGAGGUCUAAAAUUGUGUAGGGAGGCUGCCAGGAAUUGUUGCAGCUUCAAGCCACCAUUCAUUGAAGAAGGCAGACACAUGAAAGUAUGUAUAAAACCUUUUAAAAUAAUGAUGAAUAAUUUUUAGUCCUAUUACCUGCUUUACAAUCAUUAUUCUCCUUUGUCAUCCCUCCCCUCUCUCUCUCUCUCUCUCUCUCUCUCUCUCUCUCUCUCUCUCUCUCUCUCUCUCUCUCUCUCUCUCUCUCUCUCUCUCUCUCUCUCUCUCUCUCUCUCUCUCUCUCUCUCUCUCUCUCUCUCUCUCUCUCUCUCUCUCUCUCUCUCUCUCUCUCUGCUUCCCCAAAAAACUCAGAUUUUGGUGUUCCAUUUCACUAUACAUCCAUUUCACUUUUCCUGCUACAUAUCACUAAUAAUUUCUUACUAUCAUCCUUUGUUAUUGCAUAGCCAACCAAAUUGUCUGGAUUGGAAGAUUUAACUCCCUUUCAGUUUUCAUUCCAUACAUCAAAGGCAAGUGUGAGAUGAGUAAGGAGGUAUGACUAAGGUUUUGUGACCAUCCCUCUAACUAUACACCAGGCUGGUAUCUCCACAAAUGGAAUAGCCACUACAAAGCAGAUACAAACUCGCACUCAAACACAUCUGUAAUUGUGACUGUGUAGGAAAUAGAAAGGAUGAGGGUACCAUAUGUUUCAUAGGAUUAUUAUAGAACUGCAUAUACCAUAAAGAUGUGUUUACUAGGGUUGUUUGUUUCUUUUGAUAAACAAAAAGAAGUAUUUCUAUUCUGCUUAUUCCUUAGAUACACCUUUAUGUGAUGCAAGGGAAUAUUUUUUUUUAUCUUUUAUUGUCCUAGUGCUCUCUGUAGCCUUUCUUUUUUUAAUAUUAAUGUUUUCAGAAUAAUCAGAUUCACUUUCUUAUGCUUCACCAGUGUGAUUCUAUAUUUUUUUGGAAUAUCAUCUCAUCUCUUUUUUUUUUUCUUUUUCCCCGAGAUUGUUUUCUCCUGACAAUUUGUUUCAUACAUUCUUAUCUGUCAUGAUGAUAUCUUAUUAUUCACUGCUACUGCCAUAACUUUACCAGAACAGUACCUGGAUCAUCCACAAAUAUCAAGAUUAUUGCUAUUCUGUUUAAUAAAAGGUAGAUACUGCAGAAGUGCUGCCACCACAGACAUGAUAUUAAUGUUACUUAUUAUUUGCAUACUUUAUCCCCAUAAUUGUGUAAACAAUGUAUUACUAGAAACUGAAUUGAAAGUCUUGCUAAGACAGUAUAUGGCUGUGGUGAAAAGUCAAUGCAAUAUAAAUAUGUUACAUAAAUUC